AAAUUCCACUACAACAUUAAGGAUGUUUUCCACAUUACUCCAAAUGUAUUCAGCGGUGAAAAAGUGAUAUUAUCGGAGCUGAAACUUAACUCUGUUGGAAUAACUGGCUCCACGGUUCCUGCAAGGCCAUGUUUAUCACUAUUACAGAUUUAAUUACUACUAUUCACAUUUAUCCAUCCAUGAAUUGUUAGUUGAUCUUUGAGAAUGUUGGACAAUGUGAACCAUAUUUCUGGUGUUUGGGGCACUCAGAGGGGAAGUGUAACUCAAUCACUCUUUUUUUUUUUUUUUUUUCCUCCUCCCCGUCCACAUGACGAGGUGCCAGAUGCGUGUCAGUGCUUUCAGACUUUAUAUAUAUCCCUCCCACAUCCUCACACAUACACACACACACACACACACACAGGCUAACAGACAUGUAUGUGCGCACACCCACGUACAUACAUACUUAUGAAACACAAGACGGCAAGUUAUUUCAAGUUACUCUCAGUGCUCAGGCUUUAAUACUUAUUUUUUCUCUCAACACAGAGAUCUUAUUAGAAGAUCUAUAAGACUAUAUACAACUUUACAGCAUGAAAACAAGCUGCAAAAGCUGUGACAGGACCCAAAUAACCUGACAGCUGUGCCUCCCAGUAGUCCCUUUUAUUUUAAAACAGACCCGCAGUAUCAAAGGCCUUUGUCUUAAAGACUCUCUGCAAUAAAAGUCUGUUUGGGAGCAAACGGAAAAGGAACACAGAGUGGUAAUACACGUGCUGCUGUGUGAUGUGGCACUCAAAAAAGACUCAUUGGGAGACUGAUGGGUAAUCAGGGCAGAGGGUGGGGUGGGCUGAUGAGAGCCGGCUGAGAUAUGGAGUCUCACAGAGGGUAGAUGAUGCCCUCUACAGUAGACACAGGAGGGGCAAGGCGAAGCAGGCCAACUCAUUAACUGCAUUUUAGAGCAACAUCCAAAAUAUGAGACAUUUAAACAGUAAAACAAAAGCAUCAAACAAUUUUUUUUUUAUUUGAAGUGAUUUUUUUUUUUUUGCUGACAAUGGGAAGCUAUAAUUAAAUAAGGAUAUAAAGAUGACAUGAAUGCUUUAUAAAAUAAGAUUUCAUCAUCAUGUGUUUGGGGUUUCUUGCUCUCGGCUUGUUUUUGUUUUUUCCGGCUUUGGAAAAUGUCUGAUUUUCAAGUGAAAUAUUUUUAUUAAAUUUGCGGUGGUGGAAGAAGUAUUCACAUCCUUUAUUUAUAAGUAUAAGUAGCAAAACCCCUUUAUAUAAAAGAUUCCAAGUAAAUAAAUACUACAAUAAAUAAAAAGUAGAUUAAAGUGUUAAAGUUUUAACAAAAUUGACUUAAAGUACCCGAGUUAUACCAUAUUAUGUUAUUAUUAUUAUGUUAUUGGAGUGUUAUUACUGAUGCAUUCAUGUGUGGCAUUAAUGUAUGGGUAGCAUUUUACUGUUUGAGUUGGAAAAGCAUAUUUUAACUACUGUAUAUAAUUUUGUAUUGUCUAAACAUUGCAUCACAUUUUAUAAACUAAUGUGUUUUGUGUGAAUCUUGAGUAACUAAAGCUGUCAGAUCAUUGCAGUGUUGUAAAAGGUGCAUUAUUUCCUCUAUGCUGUGGAGGAGCAGACGUAUGAAGUGGCGUGAAAUGGAAAUACUCAAAUACAAGUAGCUCAAAAUUGUACCUAAGUGCAUUAUUUGAGUAAAUGUACUUAAAUACGUUUCUCCACUGUUACUUUAUGAUAUGUAAGGAAUAGUCACUGAGUUGUGCGUAAUUACGCAUUGCCGGAGUCACCCAGGGGCUUAUCUUUUGGCGCUGACAUCUUUAGAUUACAUGUAGUGAAACUGUAGCUAUAUGAUAAUUUUACAAGCUGUCUAAGGCACAGCAGAUUGUGAUAUUCCACUUUCCACAGUUGCCUUUCUCUUCGGUUUACAAGAAACGGCAACGUGUGUGUGUGUACGAACAUAAAUUAAAGCCCGUGUAAAGUAGAGUACCUGUACACCUGCACAACAGCUCUCCCCUGCGACCGAGUGAAACUCUACUCCUUGCGCCCCUACCUGACUCACAGCUCUCCGGUGACUCACUCACUCCUACCUUAUGGAGUGUAAGUCACUUCUCACCCGGGCUCGGCUCUCCGAACGCUCUCCUGAGCCGCAUAUUGUCAGGACAUCGUGGUAACACAACACUGACUGACGGACUGACGCGUGUUACUGACUGGAAAUGACCAUCCACGGAGUUAAGAGCGCGCGGAUGGUCAAGGGGAGCGGUAACAUGUCGAUCCCAGCGCCAGUCGGAGGUUCAGUCCGCCGUCCAAUAGCCUCCAGCCGGUCCCAGGGAAGAUGAACGAUGUGAGCUCCCCAGCCGGGCAGCCGGACGCAGCGGCGGCGGUGCCAAGACUGCGUCCCCACGAAAACCGCAGCAUGGCGGAGAUCAUCGCCGACCACCCGGCCGAGCUGGUCCGGACCGACAGCCCCAACUUUCUCUGCUCGGUCCUGCCCUCCCACUGGCGGUGCAACAAGACGCUGCCUGUCGCCUUUAAGGUGGUCGCCCUGGGAGACAUACCUGACGGGACCGUUGUCACAGUAAUGGCAGGCAACGACGAGAACUACUCCGCCGAGUUGCGGAACGCCUCAGGUGUGAUGAAGAACCAAGUAGCGCGUUUCAACGACCUUCGCUUCGUGGGCCGCAGUGGCCGAGGCAAGAGCUUCACGCUGACAAUCACAGUAUUCACCAACCCACCACAAGUGGCCACUUACCACCGAGCCAUAAAGGUCACCGUGGACGGACCACGUGAGCCCAGGAGGCAUCGUCAGAAACUGGAGGACCCUCCCAAGACUGGUCUCUUCUCAGACCGCCUUAGUGAGCUCGAGAGGAUGAGAGUGAGGGUGACCGUUCCCACUCAAGGCCCACGGCCAACUAUCAACACAGCAGCCAACUCUUUCAACCCGCAGGGACAGACGCAGAUAACAGACCCUCGUCAGUCCCAGUCCUCUCCUCCCUGGUCGUAUGAACAGACGUACCCGUCCUACCUGAGUCCCAUGGCGUCCCCCUCAGUCCACUCCACCACCCCCCUCUCCUCCAGCCGAGGCACGGGCCUGCCUGCCAUCAGUGACGUGCCUAGACGAUUGCCAGGUUCUUCUGACCUGAGCCCAUUCCCCGGUCAGUUUGAUCGUCAGUUUCCGGGUCUUUCCUCCCUCACAGAGAGCCGUUUCUCCAGCCCUCGGAUGCACUACCCGGCCACCUUCACCUACAGCCCGCCCGUCACCUCCGGCAUGUCACUGGGCAGCGCCCACUACCACACCUACCUUCCCCCUCCUUACCCGGGUUCCACCCAGAGCCAGAGCGGACCCUUCCAGACCAGCAGCACGCCCUAUCUCUACUACGGCGCUUCAUCCGGCUCGUACCAGUUCUCCAUGGUUCCCGGCGGGGACCGUUCGCCCUCCAGGAUGAUCCCGCCUUGCACUAGCGCCUCCACGGGCACCUCCCUGGUGAACCCCAACCUGCCCAGCCAGACGGAGGGAGGGGUGGAUGGCGACGGGAGUCACAGUAACUCCCCGACUGUUCUCAACCCUGGAGGCCGCAUGGAUGAAGCAGUGUGGAGGCCAUAUUGAAGAAAACCAGCGGGGAGGAGAUUGGAAGUCAACUGAUGUCAUGGUUUGAAAGCACAAAACCUUUUUUUAUUGAAAAGGGGAUUUUUGAGCUCUCAUCAACUAUCUCUACCUUUUGCUUGGAAAUUAAGGUUGAGAUAAAAAAUAAAAAAAAUAAAAUACCAGACUAGUACGGACUUGUCUUCCUGGAAUGUGUUUUGACCAAGGCACUACAAAGGGAGUCAUUCUCACAGCAAUAAUGAGAAAGACAAUUUUACUAGGCCCAAGUGGAUGAGACAUUAUUUCAGUUUUAUUAUAAUCCACAAGCUAAGGGAUGCUUCAACAAUAUUUGUAAAAGACUGCCUCUUUUGUAUAGUGUUUGUAUUUCAAUAAGGCUUUUUGCAGAGCAUGUUUUUGUACUACGACAAUAUCAAGAUGCAAGUUAGGCACUGAGUAGCAAGUGAUAAGAGUAACACAUAUGUUACCUUAAGUGGUACGGACAGUAAAUUUGCUUUAAACCAAUUAAUUUAACUUGUAUAUUGUGGGUGAAACAUUGCUGUAGAUUGAGGCGUUUUCUUAGUUUUAACUUAUAAAGCCAUAAAUUAUGUAUUGUAUUUGAAACUUGAGUCAAAGAAGUGUAAUCUGAAUAUUUUUGAUGCAUCUAUAAGUUAAAAUGAUUCUUUCUUUUUUCUUUUUUCUUUUUUUGGUAAUUUAAAAGAGUGAGAGAGGUUUAUUAUUUUUUGUUUUUUUUUUGUAGUACCCAAAGAUUUAAAUCGUUUCAAAUAUGAAAUGUAAUUUCCAAAGAGUAUUGCAACAUGUUUCUUCUGGUUUAACUUUCAGUUUAACUGCUCCACACGUUAAAGAACCCAACAUCCUCACUAGGCGUUGACACACAUUUGGCUUGAAAUUAAACCUUUGGUAUUUAUUGAGCAAUAACUUGUAUUGUGCCUCUUGGCAACGUACCAUGAAAGAGAGCUUCAAUGAGGAAAAUAAUUAUCCAUUGGGGAAAUUCUGCUUGAUUUUUCUUUACUUUGUCUAGUCUGACAUUCACACACAUACAUAUGUAUUUUCUUGUCCAAAUAAAAAAUGGUACAUUUAUACACGAACUGACAUGUAGCCCAAAGAUGAUUACGGUGGUGCCACACCCGGUGGUCGGAGUGUUCUCCAAAGCAGAAGGUCAGCCUUUAAGGUUCAGUUAUUUUAUGAUACAUGAACUCCUCAAGACUGGAAUAAUCCUUGGAUGAUCUCAAGUCCCUCAGAUUUUUCAUAUCCAUAUCCGGCCGAAUACUCUGUCAAGAUUAUAGGGAAAACAUGCCAAGUCUAUUACAGCUUUCAUAUCAUGUGCAAAAGAUAGCUUUGAAAAAGUGUGUCUGAGUGCGUUACACACACGGGUACUUUUUUUUUUUGUUUGUUUGUUUUUUCUCUUUCAGUCUCUGAGAUUGAAAAGGGGAUAUCACAGUUAAAAACAAAAGGAGACUGUGACAUUCCUUCAGACGUUUAUUUAUUUUCCCUUUUUUUUUCUUUUUGUUUUUGUUGACAUGGUUUUCCAAAUACAUAUGUAUCAUCCUCGCUAACCAGUGUCACUAUAUAAAAUCAUUCUGUGGCACCAGCGUGAGGGGAGGUCUGAUAUUUUCCAAUUUGAAAUUACUAUGUGAGACGUAAAAAAAAAAAAAAAAAAAAGUGUUGGAGUUAGAGGGGAAAAAAGUGCAAAACCGUGGUGGUUGGAUGCAGCUGCUGGCAGCAAACUGGUAACCAAAAAAUAUGGGAGACUUGUGUAUGUUUGUUUCAUAAAGCACUUAUUUCUUGUUUUAUUUCUAGCAGCACUUGCGGCUGGCUGCCAGCAGGGCUCGUGGUUUUGGUCCUCAGUGUAGAUAUAACGCCACUGGAGUCACACACACACACACACGCACGCGUGCGCACGCACGCAUACACACACAGAAUGGAUAACACUUGGCCAAACAAGCCAUUUACAUUGGAGUCGAAUCUGAUCUCACAAGGCAGUUGGUAUUUGUUUAAAAAAAGCAUUUCUCUUGCUUUCAUACAAUAUGAUAUUCAGUGCAUGUAGGUAAUAUAAUAACCCAAUUUGAAAAAGCUGAGAAAAACAUGGCCCUGUCCAAGAAUCAGACUUCAAGCUUUUCAUUGAAGGUUUGCACGCAGUGCCUCUUUCCAGUCUCUGCAGAGGAUGUUCUGAACUCAGUUAAUGGAAUUGAACAUGUCACACUACAUUUCCCCAACUGCUUCAGCCCAAACGAAAAGUCUUUUUGCUGUUACAGUGUAACAUAAGAAAGCAAAUAAAAACCUUUUAGAUUGUUGUGAUUUUAUAGCUUUUUUCCCCCAAUUACAGAUUUAUUCAAUGUCUCCAUAGUAACUAUGCACAUCUGUUGGAAUUUAUUUAAUCUGCUUCUCUCUUUCCGAACUUUGAACAGGAAAUGGUCUUUUAAAAACUGUUUACACAUCAAUGCAGCACUGACAUCCCGUUUUGUCCUCAUCUGCUUUUGUUUGUGUUGUGUUUUUUUUUUCUUUCUUUCUUUCUUUCUUUUUUUUCAGGAAACAAGAGGUUCAUCCUGUUUCUUUGCUUUGAUUAAAUGUUGCGUACAAACUGUCUUCAGAAACCUUGUAUUAUUUAAUGAUCAACAUGUAUGAUAUCCAGGAACCGUACCUUACCCUGUUCUUAUGUAAAGUUUACUUGUUGUUAUGUCUAUUGUUAUGCUUCUUCUGUCAUGAACACUUGUCAGGAAAUUAAAACUAAUGGAGACUCCAUUAGAUUUUGCUGGUACGUUUCAUAAAGAUCAUCCUUUUUUUUUUUCUUUUCUUUUUUUUUAAAGGGACAAACAGACCUGACAACAGUGAGUGAAAUUGGCAUUGUGAUUGUACAUUUUGUUUAUUUUAAGAAUAAAAUAGGAAUUUUGUAACUUAA